CAUAUACCUUCGAACGAAGUAAUAAUAAUAAGGUAGACUAUAUGUGAAGGUGUCUUAUUCGUACGUAAACGGACUCGUGCAGAAUGGUCCUCCUUCCCAUUUAGAAGAAACGCUUCGUUCCCGGCUUCAGAGUCACAUUUUCUCCUGCUCAAAAGCCAAAAUAUCGGCACCUCACAUAUCUUCUUUCGUCGGCUCGUGGCGGCGUCAAUGACAAGAUGUCAUCACGAUUUGGACGCAACGAUUGCUCAAUUGCGCGAUGUUGUAGAAGACCGGCUGGACAAGCAUCUCGCGUCGUCUGCAAUUUUCUUCGCCGAUAAGCUCGUGACCAUGAGUGGCGGAGCCCUUGGCGACGUCUUCCUCCACGCUAAAGCGCUUUAUUUAGGAACGCACUACCGUCGUGCAUUCGCGACGUUACACCGUGGAGGGCUCAUUCCGAGAAAGUUAAAUCCAGGAGUCGAAAAUGGAAGCCUUCGGAGCAGAACAGUUGAUCUCCGAGCGCCUGCUGAAAACAGUUGCAGACUCCUCGCCGCACAGUGCCUCGCCGCAGUGAAGGACUGGGAUGGAUGUCUCGCUGUCCUCGGUGAACGAGAUGACGGUGACAGCAAGUCGUUGAUCGAAGAAACAGAUACACGUGGAGAACAAAACCCGAGCCUGCCGGGCUGCUUAACUUCUGCAAGAAGCGGAGUUGUCCGACAAAGGACGAAAGCCUCUAGAGUUGAGCAGCUUGACCGAACCCAAGGUCACGGCUCAAGGAAACGUGAAUACGAGCUUCGUGACGGUUCUGUUUCAAUACGAGCUUCGUUAUGCUUCAUGCGAGGUAAAGCACAUGGUGCACUGGAGAACUGGAAGUCUGCAGAGCUUUGGUGUAAAGAAGCGCUUACAUUGGACCCGUAUUGCUUUGAGGCAUUUGAUUUAUUGAUUUCAAGCCAUUUACUUUCCGUUGGGGAAGAGGACCGCUUUCUUUCCUCUUUGCAAAUCAGGCCAGAGGACAAAUGGGUACCGUCCCUAUACGGCACAAUAUGUCACAGCGGAUUUUUCUCGUCUGCAGAAGGCAGUUCAUGUGUGGCUUCCAGCCAUGGACAUAUGAACCAGGCGACUGAUGUUCGGUGUAACUUGCCGGUAGAAUCGGAUCGGGAUGUGUGCAAUGCGUGCGAUGUGAGCAACAUUCCGGAUACGCUGCACAGUCAGACCAGCGGUACCCAGCCUGAGCUUUUCGCCCUUAAGUAUAACAGUGAGGUUAUACUUGCUCGCUCUGAGCGGUACUUCAAUCGGGGCGAUUAUCAAAGAUGCUACGAUACUAUUCAAGAACUGCUUGCGAACGAGCCAACGAAACUCGCUGCGAUGCCUUGUUACCUCGCAGUCACUGUAGAGCUCCGCUUGAAAACCAAGCUGUACCUGUGUGCACACAAACUUGUUGAGGAGUACCCAGCUAAAGCUAUCAGUUGGUUUGCUGUGGCGUGCUACUACUACUGCACGCGACAGUUUGAUUCUGCAAGGCGUUAUUUUGGCAAGGCGACUAUUUUGGAAGCCACGUUCGUUCCAGCGUGGUUGGGCUUUGGGCAUGCAUUUGCCGCUCAAGACGAGAGUGACCAGGCCAUGGCAGCGUACCGCACAGCCACGCGCUUGUAUCCUGGCUGCCACCUAUCUUUGAUGUGCAUUGGAAUGGAAUACCACCGCACGAACAACUUCAGUUUAGCAGGACAGUUUCUCUCGAGGGCACGCCACCUACGUCCUGCUGACCCUCUUGUGUACAAUGAGUUGGGUGCACUGGCGUUCCAUAAUGGUGACCAUGUUAGCGCGAUAUCCCAUCUUGAAAAGGCAAUUGCUCUUAUUCCGCAACCAGUUACAGCGACAUGGGAAGCGAUACUCGUCAAUCUGGCGCACUCAAACCGAAAGUUAAACAACUUUGACGAGGCGAUCUUCUGGUAUGAGCAGGCACUGAGCCUUGCGCCCAGGAAUGCAAGUACAUACACCGCACUUGGUUUCACACACCAGUUGAAAGGGAAUUUUCAGAGUCGCAUGGAGAAGGCAAUAGAAUGCUAUCACAAAGCUCUGAGUCUAAAGCCAAAUGAUGACUUUGCGCAAGAGAUGUUGACACUAGCGCUGAUUGACCAGUGUGCCGUAACCAUGCCUCCAUAUAAUUUCGUUGCAUAUGAUGCACACCAGCCUCUUCCUGUGAAAAGUGAACGGCGCAGCUAG